UAGAAAUAUUUACCCUUUCCCCCUGUGAAUCAUAGAAGUACUCUGGAUUGGUCAGUUAGGCAUUGAUAGCUGUGAGUGAAGCAAGGUAUUCAACAUGGGGUCGGGUGCCUCACAGCCCGAGGAGGAAGAUGAUUUCAUGGAUGUCGCGAGCGAGGAGCCCAAACCAAAAAAGACGGCGCCUAAAAAGAAAACCAGCCGGAAAAAAAGGAAAGGAAAUAAGAAUCCGGAAACGAAUGUCCCAAGUACGACAAAGGAGGAGUUUUUGGCGGAUGUGGAUUUUGAGUACAUUGAUAAUCAUGCGUGUAAAGCGCCCCACGCACUGUUGUACUCGUCGUUCGUGGAGCUGGCGGACUACCUCACGGACGAGGGCGCCUGGCAGGAUGACCUUGUCAAGGUCAGGUCAGUGUUCCGGUGGGUGACGUCAUAUAACCUGAAGAAGCUGCAGAUUGACCCCAACCCGCCGGCAGAUAGCGUGCUGGAGUACCUGAGCAAGAUUCAGUGUAACAUUGGUAACCAUGCCAACCUCUUCUACAUCCUGUGCCAAAUGGUUGAUGUUCCGUGCGUAAUAGUGGAUGGCAUGACAAAGAACUCUGCAUACAAACUUGGGGAACCACUCAACAAAAAGGCCAUCAAAGCCCAGUGGAACGCCGUCUAUGUGAAAGACGAAUGGCGCCUGAUCGACGUGUAUUGGGCCACCACCUGUGUAGAAAUCAAUAGCGGAGAUACCCCAGGGGAGAUCCACAUGGCUAAAUACACCAAGAGAAGGGUAGAGAGAAAGGUAAAACUAGAACACAGGGAACCGGUGGAUGAGUGCUACUUCUUCACCGAGCCUUACCACCUGGUAUGGACUCAUCUACCCGAUGACGAAAAAUGGCAGCUGCUGCCUCAUCCAAUGAAACAGUCAGAGUUUGAAAAACUUGUGUACGUUCGAGAACGGAUGCACGAGCUCGAAGUGGAGUUUCCCGCAAAAAAGAAUCGCAGAGUUAAUGUGUUUCUGAAACAAGGCAUCGGACACAUUGAACUUGAUCUACCCCCGAAAAGGAGCAAGUUUUUGCGAUUCAAAUAUGUGUUUUACCGAUCAAAAGGUAGCAUGGAGGAUGACAAGGAUGUGGAUGUUCUGCUGAACAACUGCGUGAAAAUGAAACAGACAGGUACGAAUCUCUUCUUCGACUUCGAUGUACCGGUUUGUGGGACUUUUAACUUUGAAAUCUAUGGAAAAGACGCUAAUCAUCCGGACCUACAGGAAUUUGACCUCAUGUGCACUUACAGCGUUCGCGCACCUGUCCCAGAAAAGAAACUUCUUCCGUUACCCGACAAUCCUGAUAUCGGAUGGGGUCCGAAUAUGACGACGCUAAAAAGCGGAAUAAAACCUAUAACACACAAGAAAUCUAAGAUCGUCACUGACGAUGGAAUUAUAGAAAUCAAGAUUCAAGCUCCAAAAGAUUCCAAUUUAACAAUGGAGACAAGGUCCGGUGUAGUUGAUGACGCCACACUGACAAAAUACGUCAUGCUCCGGUGGGAGGAGGGGCACUACAUCAUCAAUACAAGGCUUCCAAAGGCCGGACAUUACAUCAUGAAAAUUAAUGCUCGAAAUCCUAAAAAGGACACAGAGGUUGAAAAUGUGUUAAACUACAUAAUAAAACACAAUGGGAAACAAGAGGUUGAUAACCCAUUCCCACACAUUGAGAACAACGCUUUGGGUCCAUCUGAAAAUGCAGAAAAACUUGGUGUCCGUGCCGUGUUUUCAGAGACAAUCGUGAGAACCAAAAAAGGUAAUGCUAUUGUAGAAAUAGAGGCAGAUGAGGCGACCGAAAUCAAACAUGAGAUUGACUGCACAAACGAGGACGCAAGGAACGCUAUGAUGGCCACGGCAUCACAAGAAGGCCGCCUCCACACGUACAACAUGGAUCUACCAGUGGCCGGCGAAUACACACUCAACAUUUACGCGAAAAAGGAAUCGAAUGUCGUUCAUGUUUAUUCAUUCCUAAUCAUAUCCGCGGGAAAACAAAAGAAGCCAUUGGGAAACAAGAGUGAUAGGUCGAAGUCACAUGGUUCAUUGUCAAACAGGUCAGGGGUAACUGAUUUCUCGAACAUUCCUACUACAGGAAAAUCGAACACCCCGAGGUUAAUCACGAAGACAUUUCGCACCAAAGAGGUGGAGUUAUUAGUCCCCGCGCCAGAUGACACCACAAACAUAGUAGCUACCUUGACACCGAAAGACAAUCAAAACGAAACAGUGAACGUAGCACCACUCCGGAAAGAUGGCAGCAAUUGGUUUAACGUUCCUCUGGCGUCAAUUGGGGAAUACAACUUUGACGUAAUCACACAGAACCCCGAUGGUUCCCUUAACUAUGUCGCCAAGUAUAAAAUACGUCGUCUUGAUAUAAACUCGGCGGAAGCCAAUGAACCGGAACAGCCAGCGUUCGACCCGGAUGCUCACUUCAAGGCAAGAGCAAAAAAGAAGCAGGCGAUGGUACAGGGACUGGAGGAGGCCAUUGAAUCUAAGAAUGCUGGGAUGAUUGAGAAGGCAAUGAUGGUAUACACGGCGAACGUCAGCAAUAACAACCAGGACCAGCUCCUGGAGAGGGCAGAGCAAACCCUGAAGGCGCUCGCCGUCCGCAAAGAUUUACUCAACGCCUACGAGAAGAGACACAUCCCCACACUGGAGCGAAGGUUGAACCGGGCGCGCGCCUGUAACUAUAACAAAAUCCUCGACUCGGAGAUUGUGCUGGCCAGUCGUCUGCUCGACAGGCUCAACACCCUGAAAAACCUCCGGAAGGAGGUCAUGAUGACGGACACCAAGGCCUUGACGGAGCUGAAGCGCUACACCUGUCCCCCCGCGGGAAUCCACGAGGUCAUGUCCUGUACCCUUCUACUCCUGGGACACCCACCCUGGGAAAUCGAUACAUGGCCGAAGUGCCAAGGAAUAAUAAGUCGCACUGGUAAGGAAUCCAUCAAAUUCAAAAUGGCUGAUUUUGACCCACGUGACGUUCCGUUAGAUGUCGCUUUGGACGGUAAAGACAUGAUAGAUCCCUACUCCGAGAAACAGAUCCAUGACGUCAGUCCUACUGCGGCGGCCUUUCAUUACUGGGGAACAAGACAACUGAAGGAAGUCGAGGCCACUGCGGUGUCCCUGGGGGGUAAGAACUUCGCGCCGGACGACGCCACAGAACUGGAGACAAUUGCCGAGAGUGAGGGGUCGGACGGGACUAGCACCGAGGUGAUGCCCCUUACCCAGGAAAAUCUCAACCAGUUCGACAAAAGCACCAAUCAGAAUGGCCACGCCCCUGGCCAGAAGACGUCACCGCUCCUUCCUAAUGGACACGGCCCACCGUCCACGGCGCACACCCAGUCCCAGAAACCCAGCACCCGCCCGCUGUCAGAUAGAACGGGCAUGACCAACGGGACCUCCCGUACCACGCCGCCCCUCCCCCCAAUCACACCCCGGGGGCUCUACUCCAACGGCUCCAACACCCCCUCCACUCUGACGCCGCGAGGGAUCAAGAUAUUUGAAUACAGAAAUACCAAGAAGAAAGGAUUCGGUAAUCAAAGGAAGCUUGGUAUUAUUCCGGAUUGGAAAGGUUGAUAUAGCAUCCGCCAUCUUAUUUAUUGUAGAUUACUCAUCAUCAGUGUAUGGACAAAGUUGUAAAAAUAUCAUUGUAUUUAAGUCGUUCUUCAGAAGAUUGUUCCGCAGGCCACUGGCAUAUUGCAUAUUCUACAGAUGACUUCAUGUUGGAAGUGAUUCCUCUUGUUACAUUACAUGUAUAUUUUCAAUAGAAGAUAUAUAAACAUUGUUACAGAAUACUAGCAUGACGUAGUAUUUUAUCAUUGGACAGUUGGUAAUAAACAUAAUCAGUUUUU